UGUCACUUCCUUCCUCUGCCAUAACAAACACAUCACAUGCGUGAAGUCUCAUCCGCUCACUGACGCGUUUGUAUCGCUGUUUAACCGUGUAGAAGAGUAUAAAAUGGGGAAGAAGAAGACUCGUGGAGAGGGUUCAGGGCUGGGGAGAGCUUUAAUAAAGGAGAGACUGAACGCAGGCCGCGGAUACAGGAGAAACGACACAUGGCUUCACACCAGUGAGCUGAAUGAUGGAUAUGAUUGGGGUCGACUCAACCUGCAGUCUGUCACCGAGCAGAGCUCUCUGGAUGACUUUCUGGCCACAGCCGAACUUGCUGGAACUGAAUUUGUUGCAGAGAAGCUCAACAUCAAGUUUGUGCCAGCUGAAGCGAGGGCCGGCUUGCUUUCCUCUGAGGAGUCUAGACGGCUGAGGAAACUCCAUGAGGAAAACAAACAGCUUCUACGAAUCCCCCGAAGACCUCAUUGGGAUGAGAGCACAAGUCCAGAAGUUCUACAGCAAACCGAGAAAGACAGCUUCCUCACAUGGAGAAGGGAUCUGGCUCGGUUGGAAGAGGAGCAGAAGUUGAUUCUCACUCCUUUUGAGAGAAAUCUCGAUUUUUGGAGGCAACUGUGGAGAGUUAUUGAGAGAAGUGAUGUUGUGGUUCAGAUCGUUGAUGCCAGAAACCCUCUUCUAUUCCGAUGUCCAGAUCUUGAAAAAUAUGUAAAAGAGGUGUCCAUUCACAAAGUAAACAUGCUUCUGCUAAACAAAGCUGAUCUGCUGACUAGAGAACAACGGAGAGCCUGGGCUCGAUAUUUUCAGAAAGAGGGCAUCAGAGCUGUGUUCUGGUCGGCUUUGGCUGAGGCACAACGACUCGAGGCAGAGGAGAAGGGAGAAGAUGCGAUGGACCAGGAAGAUCAGAGUGAUACAGAAGCCACAGAUCAUCAUGAGGGAAAUGGCUCUUCACCAAAUGAAGAGAAAGAUGAGAGUGAGCAGGAUGAAGAUGAAGACGGUGAAGACGAAAGAGUCUGUGUUGAUGAGAGCGCAUGGCAAACAUGCUCCGAGGAGUCAGGAGAUGAAGAUCACACUGAGGAGAACCCAGAAUCCACAGCGACUUUAUCUUUUUAUAACUCCAGCCGCUUGUUACGCAAAAAUGAGCUGCUGGAAAUGUUUAAGUCUGUGCAUUCUGGACCGACAUGCAAAGAUGGACAAAUCACAGUUGGACUGGUUGGUUAUCCAAAUGUUGGAAAAAGCUCCACCAUCAACACCAUCUUUAGGAAUAAGAAAGUCUCAGUUUCAGCAACACCCGGACACACAAAGCACUUUCAGACUUUGUUUGUUGAACCUGGUCUUUGCCUGUGUGAUUGUCCUGGACUGGUCAUGCCUUCAUUUGUGUCCACCAAAGCCGAGAUGAUCUGCAGCGGGAUCCUACCCAUCGAUCAGAUGAGAGAUCACAUCCCAGCCAUCUCUUUGGUAUGUCAGAAUAUCCCUCGAAAUGUCCUGGAGGGGACUUACGGUAUCAACAUUAUCAGACCAAGGGAAGAUGAGGACCCGGAUCGACCGCCUACCUAUGAGGAGCUGCUUAUGGCAUACGGAUAUAUGAGAGGCUUUAUGACAGCACACGGACAGCCAGACCAAUCAAGAUCUGCCCGAUAUGUUUUGAAAGACUACGUCAGUGGCAAACUCCUUUACUGCCACCCUCCUCCUCACAUCAACCCUGAAGACUUCCAGCCUCAGCACGCCAAGUUUGCCAUGCGGAUAACAGGAGAUGAACAGAUCGAUGGCAGUGGUGGCAAACCAUCAAAAGUGAAACGCAUAGAAAACACAGUGGAUAAACAGUUUUUUCAUCAAGCAAAUGUGCGAGCGUUGACCAAGGGUGUGCAGAUGGUGAUGGGUUACAAACCUGGAAGUGGUCCCGUUGAGGCUGGAAAAGCAAACACAGAACAACAAGCUGGAAAGCCCUGGAAAAAGCAUGGGAACCGGAACAAGAAGGAGAAAGUGAGAAGACUCAACAAACAUCUGGAUGCCUGAUUUCUUACAUGAUCUGUUUACAAGUGCAAUUGAUGUUAGCAGAUGUUUGGAUUUGAUGAAUCCUUCAAGGCAAAGACGUUUCAAAUUUCAUACCUAGAUGUGAUUGAUAAGUGCUGCUGGACAUUCCUCUUUGUAUGAAAUAUCAUCACUUGUAAUUAUAAUAAACUCACUCUAUUUUAUCAUUGUACAGGAUGAUGAGAUGAAUGGAUACAUUGGUAAAUGCUAAUAAAUGCAGUUGUCCUCAAAAUUGCAAUAAAA